AGAGAGAGAGAGCAGGGGCGUGUUUUUCGGGAUGAGAGAUGGAGAUUCAGUUCCCUGCAUAAUAUUCUCGUUUCAGUUGUUCUGACAUAAUUUUAAAUCACUCGGAGAAAAAACGGAAAUUUCGAUUGAAUAUUUUUUUUAGUGUUUCAAAGUCACGUUACAAAUUAUCCCGCGAACCCAAACCGACGUUCAUCUUCUCUCAGAACUAUGAGUGAGAAGAGUUCAUCUGAUCCUCCCAACAGCACUCAGGGGCCCACCACAGAUAAAAAAGCCCCCCAGGAGAAACCGGCGGACAAAGCGGGGAAGAACCCUACGCAAGAACCUGAAGAAGAGAUUGACAUUGAUCUGGAUGCACCAGAAACAGAAAAGGCAGCUUUGGCAAUACAGAGUCAGUUCAGACGCUUCAAAAAGAAAAAGAAGUAGAAAAGGGAAGAAUGAACAAAAGGUUCAGUGCAGAGGACAAAAAAAAACCUUCCGCAAUAUUCGAAAUGGAAAGAGAUUUAAUAAGGAACAGACAGAGAAAAGGGAAAAGUCAAGUGUGGGUGGGAAAUUAGGGGUUUGGAAAACAAAUGAUAGCCCUGUGGCAUCAGCAUGCUGGGUUGAAUAGAGUUUAGGACAUUCACUUUAAAAGUCAUUGCAGAUUUUAUUCUCAGUGUAUUUGUCUAGAUUUGUCUCCAUCCUUUCUCUCCUCUCCUGUAGACAUAAAUAUAAGCAGAAAUGUGUUAUUGACAUGCGCAACACACAUCUAUCAUUUAACAUUUACAGUAUAUUUAGUAUAUCAUUGAUGCAAAAUGUAUUUGAUAUAAAUGUAAGAAUUUAAAGGGCAGUAAUGACCAAAUGGUGCACUGAACCUACAGUAAAACAUGCUGGUGUGAAUUAGCAUAGAUAUGAACUAGAUUAGUUGUAAAUGUAUUCUUAGAGGUAGCUCUUAAUUGUUUUGUUUUGUUUUUGUUUUUUCUUGAUGUGUGUUUGAAAAAAUAAAGCAAUCUCUGUAACACUAUUAUCUGUUUAGCAUUAGUUAACUACAUUAACAUGGACUAACAAUUAAUUACUUCUAAUGCAUUUAUCAUUCUUGGUUAAUGUUAAUACAUUAUUAAAAGCAUUAACAAAUAUGAAUAAAUAUAAGGAACUGCUCGCUGUUAUUUUAAAGGUGCUACCAAAAUUUCUUUAUAUCAACUAUAGACCAAAUAAUGAUUGUUUUAUAACAGAAAAAUAUAAUAACCUGACAUUAACAGAAGAAUUAGCAAUAGCUAUAUCUUGCAUAUUUCCGCAAGGAUUUAAUCAGACAUUGACAAUUCAUUGAAGACAAUUGUAUAAAAUGAAGUAGCUUGUUAUUUUCAAAUUUAUCCCUAUUCAUGCAAUUGGCCUUGAAAUACAUAAAACAGGCAAAGUAUAAAAUUUUUGCUCAAUUUACUGUAUUUUACCAGCUGGUUGAAUUUAAGUCACGUCAUACUCAGUGAAAUUAGCAUAAUGCCUUUAACUCUUGCUUUAUUGCCAGUUACAGGCUUGCAGCGAGAUCCUUGAAUUUUUGGUGAGUCAAAUGAAGAUGGUUAUCAAGGAAAGUGUACCAUUUGAUCUAUUUUAAGUGUCUUUCUCCUUCCCCUAUAAUUAAAGCGGUCUCUACAGAUAUCUCAGAAUAGCUCAUAAUAAUGAGAGCAGUCUAUAGACACUCAUGAUUAUCUCACAAUUAAUGGGACGAAUGAUGUUUGUAAUUGCAUUGAGACAGGUGUGAUGAAAAUGUCAUCUGUGUUUGAUCGUUUUCAAAUAGUCGGUGGCAAUCCAAUAAUUUAAUACAUAUGUUAUUAUUCUGUGUUUUAUAUAAAGGAUGACACAUUUUACUGUUGGACA